CAUCCCUCAUCUUUAAACAAAUACAUUCAUAUUUCAUAACAACAAUAUCUAAAAUAAAAUGGGAAAUUGCUUAAAACAUGAAUCCCAAGUUCAAUGGGGUGGGGAAGAUCGUCCGAAGUCUUUUACGACAUCGGGCGUCGAUAAAUCAGCCAUGAAAGUGGAAGAAGAAGAGCUAAUAAGCUCCAGAAAUGGAGGGUUUUCGAAAAUAAAAGAAGUUAAGGUAAAGAUAACAAAGAAGGAAUUACAAGAAUUGUUAGGCAAAAUGAAAAUGCGACAACAAGGAUUUUCUCCAGAACAUGUCUUAGGACAGUUGGUCAAAGUUAGUGUUCAUUGUGAAUCCCAUCAUAGAUCAUGGAGACCAAGAUUGCAAAGCAUUCCCGAACUUUAAUCAUCGUAUUUUUGUGUAUCUCAUUGAUGACAAUGAUAAUGAGGUUUAAUCCUCUUUUCUAUUAUUAAGGUGUGUGUGUGUGUGU